AAACUUGAGAAUCAAGCUCAAGACCUACAGCAACAUGUUGAAGAAGACGAAGAUAUGAAUGCUGUCGAUGAGACCAUUGAGGAAUCAGCUGAUUAUGAUGGUGCUACACUGGAACGAGAGUGGGACCCUUUUAGAGAGGAGGAACAAAUUAAUAAUGCUGGAAUUCCAUCAAAUCAGUGCAGCAGAAAUACUGUCAG